CAGACAGACAGACAGACAGACACAGACACAUACAAAAGCAGAAAUAAAAGCGUUAAAAUCGAGAAAAUAGUAAAGGCAGCCAAAUAAUCUAAUGUACUCUCCCAUUCAGCUUGCAAGCAUAUCAAGCUGCGAAUAAAUGUACGAUAUUGUAAUCUAAACUUCAGUUAGCAACAGGAGCACCUGCAGCAAGAGAAGCAAUCAGAAAGGCUUUCUAUUUGCAUCAAGAGGAACAGUAUCCCGCCCCACGCCCACUCACACACUCCUCCCUUGGCGAACAUAACGAGAUGGCUGGGCAUCAGCUAUUUGCUCUAGUAUCGCCGGGCAGCAGCACGGGUCACAAUAAUAAUAGCUGCCCCAGCCCCCAAGAUCUUUACCACUUCUCAUUGAAUGCCUUGGUCAAUAGUCUCGAUAGCACCGCAGUGCCUGCCUUAGAUUGUAUCCAUAGGCUACCGGAGUUGCCUCGCAAUUUGCUCAUCGAUGUCUACGAAAUGAUGUCACAGCGCGAGUCAAUGAAAGACACGCUGUUGGAGGAAUUAUCCCGCCUGGAUGUGUUCACACGAUUGGUACGCUAUUCGCCGGCACGUAGCCAACUCUUACGCAUAUUGGCUUCCCUAAUGGCCAGCAAGAAAAUGCUGGCGAAUCGCCUGAGCGAGGUCUAUGUCGGUCGCUAUGGAGUCGCGUCUGGCCAUUCGAAUGGUAUAGACAUGGAAGGAGGGGCGGUUGGUGGUGCUGCUGGCGAUGCCAAGGAGUCGCAACAGCAUAUUGAUGACCACAACGAACAAUUCAAACAUAAUGUGAUCAAUUCGUCUUCGGUAUUCAUUCCUGUGACAAAUGCCUUCAUGCCUAAUGCCCAGCCAGAUGUUGAUGAUAUGAAUGCCAUCGAUUUGGGACUGCGUCUUGGCUCGUUUCUAUCUGAAGCCGGUUGGAUGCAGGAGAGCAUCUCGGUGCUGGCAUGCCUCAACGAAAGGCUGAAGUGUAUGCAGCCCUUUAAAAACUUAAUGGUGAUGCGUGUCGACUGCCUGCAGCGUCUCCUGUACGCCGAAUCGGCGCACUGCAAUUUCAAGCUGGCCCAACAGACAUUCGAUGAGCUGAUGGAGCUGAAUAGUUCCUUCACUGAGGAAGUGCCGUCCCAGCUGAUUGCCAUGACAUAUACACAAAUCUCGGCCAUGUACUUUGCCCGCAAUGAGUACAACAACAGUCACACAUGGAGCGGUUCGGCAAUGCGUCAACUUAAGACAUCGGCACCGGCGCGCGUAAUCAUUGAUGUACUGCGUCAGGCAGCGAAGGCCUGUGUCGUCAAAAGGGACUUUGCACGGGCCAAUCUUCUAAUCUGUCAGGCAAUGCGACGAGCGCGUGAUCAUUUUGGACCCAAACAUCAGAAAUAUGGCGAUGCGCUUCUCGAUUACGGAUUCUUUCUGCUAAAUGUUGACUCGGUGUAUCAGUCUGUGAAUGUGUAUAAAGAAGCACUGGCCGUGCGUCAGGGAAUAUUCGGCAAAAUGAAUUUCCAUGUGGCGAUUGCCCAUGAGGAUUUGUCAUAUGCCUAUUAUGUGCACGAAUAUAGCACUGGUGAUUUUAGCUGUGCCCAGGAUCAUGUCGACAAGGCUGUCAAUAUAAUGAAGAAUCUGGUGCCCAGCAAUCACCUAAUGUUGGCAUCGGCAAAAAGGGUUAAAGCCCUGCUUCUCGAGGAGAUUGCGCUCGAUAAAAUGGCCGAUGGCAUGGAUGAGGAGGAACUGCUAUUGCAAUCCGAGCAAUUGCAUCAUUUCGCUCUGCUGCUCUCACUAGAAGUGUUCGGUGAGGUAAAUGUGCAGACAGCAAAACACUAUGGAAAUCUGGGGCGUUUGUAUCAAACAAUGAAUCGAUUUGAUGAAGCUGAACGUAUGCAUCAAAAGGCGAUUAAAAUAAAAACCGAUUUACUUGGAGCUUUUGAUUAUGAAGUCGGUCUGUCCAUUGGUCAUUUGGCGUCCCUUUACAACUAUCAAAUGAAAAAGUAUAAAGAAGCGGAAAAAUUAUAUUUACGCAGCAUCGAUAUAAGUCUUCGGCUAUUUGGACACUCGUACUCUGGCCUGGAGUAUGACUAUUUGGGUCUAUGUCAUGUCUAUGAAACGUUACAUGAGUUUGAAAAGUAUUUACAGUAUGCGCAUACAUUGGAAAAUUGGCAAAUAUUACGAGGACAGAACAUCACACAGAAUAAAACCAGUUAUCCUGCCAUCGAGACGGACUUUUCCAUUGAAGAAGUGAAAAACAAGUUCUUUAGCAUGAGCAGUUCCAGUAAUAAUUGCAGUAGCAGUAGCAGCAGCACUUCAAAUUCCACGUCCGCGGAAUCCUCAUCAUCAUCAUCAUCAUCAUCAUCAGCAUCAUCAUCGUCAGCAGCGUCUGGCAGUAGGAAUUGAGCGACAUAGGUUAGGUUUUUCGGUUCAACAUUGUAUGUUAAAAAACAAAAGAAACUAACAAACAAACAAAAAGGAAUAAGCGCAAAAGUAUAUACAACUAUUUAAACUAAACUCUACCUGGGAGACGUAAUGUAAUACAUUCUAUAAACGGGUUUCCCUCUCAGUAGUUUUAGCACCAUCAUCACUAGUUUCAUUUAUUAACCCCAUCCCAUCCACAUCGAAUUCGUCCAACAACCAUUAUUGUCAAAGGCAUCAAUGGAAUCGCUUUUAGAGAAAGCCCCCUUCCCCCCAACUAUACUUUAUGCUUGUUUUGCUCUUAGGAUUAAGAAUAUCGAAUCACUUACAAAGAUAAUGCGAAUCUGUCAUAUUUUGUUAUUACAUUGUUAAUCCUUGAUCGAUACAAAUUAGUAAUGCUGUGUGUUCAAUCUCUUAGAUUAGCUGAAUUACCAUGUACAUAAAGGACAGCUUAAGUUCAAUUUCAUUCAUUUUUUCCUCCUCCUCGCCCCUUUCUCUUGCGAAUGAGAAUUGUAUUUAUGUGAUUUGUAAGUUGAAAGACAAAUGAAUCUGUUAAAACGAAAAAGAAAAAAACAAAAGUCGUAUUGUAUUUCUCCGGAAUAUAAUCUUAUUAAAUUUUUUUGUCCCUCAUGAAACACACACAUACAUACAUACAUAAUUGUAGCACAAUGAAUUACGAAAAUGUAUAGUUUUAUAGCAUGUCCCAAGAAAACAUUAUACGAUUAUCAUUCUAAUUAUAUGAUAUGAUAUAUAUAUAUAUAUAAAUAUAUAGAUAAACAUACACAUACAUAUUCAUAAAUGAAUAUACAUAUACGUAAAAUGUAUUUGCUGCAGUUGUUUUGAUUUCGAUCAUAGCUAAAUAGAAGCCUUUCCUUCAAGAGGAUUAGAAAUGUACAUACAUACGAAAAUAUAUAGCACCCGAAAUAGUCUCAUCAUGAUCGGCAUUGGUUAUUGGCUUAUUGAUUAUUGAGAGCUAACUUUCACCUAAAUUAAACAACAACCUAUUCAAUUUCUAUAUAUCACAUAUGUAUAUGCAUUACAAAACAUGAAAACAAAUAAAAUAAAGUGCAGAACAAUUUAUACAAUUUA